UGUGCCAGUUAUGAUAUCUCGAACUGUGUCGUAGAUAACUUCAUUUUGUACUCCAUGUUUUUGUGCAGUGUUGAUGGUUUGACGUUUUUAAGUACAUAUAUUUUAAAUGCGAAGGAAGGAAGCGAUAUGAAUGCCUUCCUUACAUGUGUACAUACACGUGAAUACGACAUUUUGUAUUUGGUCAAAUUGUAUUGAAUGUCAUGGAAGAAGGCACAGUUACUAAAGUACUUAAUGAUUUCCUGGCAGUCUCUGAGGGUGAGAUCACGCUGAAGAAAGGAGACAUCGUUCAGGUGUUAGAGAAAGUAGACAGACAUUGGUGGUAUGGUUGCUGUGGCGGAAAAUAUGGAAAAUUUCCUGGCAGUCAUGUUUUACCAUUGGAACUACCAUCCCUUGAAGAAAGUCAUGAAUUAUUUGCAGCUGUUGCUGACUUCCCACGUCAACAAGACGGUGAUCUUUCAUUUUCAAAAGGUGGGCUGAUAGUUGGUAUAUCUCAAGUAAAUGAAAAUUGGUGGUAUGGAAGAAUAGGUGAGAGAGCUGGAAUAUUUCCGACUACGUAUACUUGGAUGGUGGAUUCCAAGUUACUGAAGACUAAGUCAAAAUGCCGAGUCAUGAACGUGAAGGCACGUGUAAAAAUGAAUAUGAAAGCGCAGCUGGAUGAAGAAAUGGAUUUACAUGAAGGUGAUAUUGUAACAGUGACUGAAAUUUUGGAUAAGAACUGGUUCAGGGGCACUUGCGGAACACAGGAGGGAAUAUUUCCGGCGGCCUAUGUUGAAAUUCUUGAAGAUAAUAAUGUAAUGGAAGGCAGUGGAAUAUCACACGGAAGUAAAUUCAAGUUACCAGCACAACGUCCAGAGCCUUCUGAUAGUGAUACGAGACAGAAAUCGAAUGAUACGAUUGACUCUUUGUUAGCUAUAUCACCUGAUGUACAGUUUCCGUCAUCUGCGCGAAUUUCAGAUGCGCAGACUGUAAUCGAGUCUGAUAUUUUUGAUGAUGAUUACUUUAAAGUGAAUAUGCCAUCCUUGUAUCGCAGUGAGUCUUAUGGUAAAACAAACAAAGUUGAAACAUGUAAUGCUCAGCCUUUAGUGGAGAUAGACGUUGUUCCGUACGGCAUCACGUUAUAUCCUUUUUUUGCUCAGUUUGAUAAUGAACUAGGUUUUCAUGAAAAUGAAAUUGUUACACUUUGUCGCCAUGUUGACAAAGACUGGAUUGAAGGGAAAAUUGAUGGGAAGAAAGGCAUUUUCCCCAAAAGUUACGUCAAUAUUCUUGUGGACUGCGAGGGUUAUGCAACUGCUUCUUUAGAUGUCAGUUCUUCCGGUGGACCACAGCAUUUUUCACGUGAUGACACGAAUACCGAGCUGCCUGAACUGACACCAGAUUUAUUUGCAAAGAUAUUAUAUAAUUUUGAUGCACAGAUGAAUGGUGAUUUGACAGUACAGAAGGAUGAAGUUGUGUGUAUCGUAAGCAAAGCAAAUGAAGAUUGGUGUGUAGUAAGAAAUCAGUCUGGGAAAAUUGGCCUUUGUCCACAGAAUUACUUGACUCCUUAUUUAACAUCAAAUGAGUUAAAAAAUGAGUUAGUCCGAGGAACCUCACUUGCGUCAGAUAAUUUGCUUGAUUUCCACAGUUCAACUGAAGCAAACUCUAACAAUUUUGUAGAUACUCAAUGUAGUGAUGGUAGAAGAAAAUAUGAGAGUCAUGAUUUUAUAAAACCAGGAAGUUCCUCUUCACACAAAGAGAGCAGUAUUGAAGACCUCAUCACGAAAAAUCUUGAGACUUACCAUAUCUCAUCGCAGACUUCAAGUUCUUGUUUUAAUAAUAGACAUUCAUUGGACCUUUCUGAGAACAGGGAUGCAGACUUUGUAUCAGGAAAUGCUGAUAAGUACAUGCCCAGAGACAGAUUAUCAGUUUCUUCUAAAUUACAGCAAGAAUCCGCUAGUACAUUUGAGAAACUUACAGAAAAUUCUGAACAUGUGGAAAAACACCACCCAUCACCUCCAGUAUUACCGCCACUUCGGCAUCUAGAAGACGAUAAAUGCAAGCCCUCAGAAGAAUCAAGCAGUGAGGAAACAUCUUGGGAGGGAGGUAAAUCGAGUUUUUAUUUUCAUUCAUCACACAUAAGUCGCUCACAUUUUCAUAGGCAGGAGUUGAGCAGACAAAGUUCCGACAGAUUACCGCAUCGACCAGCACCUCCUGUGCCUGUACCGGGACAGAAACCAGUUCAUCGCAGCACUCGUCGUUUUCCAAACCAAAGUGCGGCUUUACAAGAACGUGCGGUUGCCAAAGAAGAAGGAGCCCCGGCAGGAGAUCGUGCAGUAGCUGAAAAUAACUCUGAUGUUUUUGAAGAGCAAAGGAGGAAGAACGCAGAGCAGAGACAGAAUGUUAUAACGGAACUCGUGCUGACCGAGAAGGAGUAUGUAAGGGACCUGAAGAUAACGUACGAAAUAUUUAACUUGCAUAACCCAAGGCCACUCGAAGCGAGAGGUAUUGAUGUGAAGGUUGUGUUUGGCAACAUCUUGGAGGUACUGCAUGUUGCGGAGGAUGUAUUAGAUAAGUUGCAGUUCGCUAUGAAGGGAAAGUCUGAAGACGAACAGUGCGUGGGACCCUGUUUUAUUCAAUUGGCUGAACAAAUGAAGCUUGUCUAUGGUCAGUACUGUAUGAAUCAUGACAAUGCUCUUGUGUUACUUGAAAAGUAUGAGUCAGUUGAAGAAAUACAGACUUUGUUUAACAAGGGACUUGAAACUCUGCGCUUACAAGUAGCUUGUUUUGAUAUGGGUUCUAUUCUUAUUAAACCAGUUCAGAGAAUACUUAAGUAUCCACUCAUUCUAAAUGAAUUAAUAAAGUGUACAGAAGAUUCUCAUAAGGACAAACCUGAAUUACUUAAUGCUGUGAGAACAAUGAUGGACGUAGCUACAUACAUAAAUGAGUGUAAACGUCGCAAAGACAUUGUAUCAAAAUACUUGGAUGAUGGAAACGCUACCAUAUUCAUGCUGACCUCUACACUCUUUGGAGUUGCUACGAAAGAUCCGGUAUUUGACGAGCAUGAAUUUAUUUUUCACACCAUAGAGAAGACUGUUCGAAGUUUCCUGAAGGAUGUGGAAAUAUUUCUUUGUGACUUGAAUGAAACAAUGAUCUGUCAACUUAACAUUGCAGCAUCCAUUGUUCAGUUCUAUCAGGAAAGAAAUUCUGAACCUGAAGAAUUUCACAAACUUCAGCAGUGUAUCUGCAAGCGAUUCUGUGUGGAAUGUAACAAGCUUGUGAAGCAGAGAGUUACAGUUCCAUUAAAUACUUUGAUGGAAUUAUUUGAAGGGCCGGCAAUUUUGGUCCAGAAACGUCAUGAUAAGCUCUUGGAUUAUCAUUAUUGCUGUACCAAAGCCGAGAAGAAUAAGGAAAACCGACUGAACCAGGAAGAAUUGUUGGCUACAAAAAGCAAUUAUGAAGCACUAAACAGUCAGUUGCUGGAGGAACUUCCUUCCCUGAACUCUUUGGCUUGUGAAGUGUUCGUGGAAUGUUUGGCAGCGUUUGUUAUGGCAAGGAAGGUGCUGUCAGGAAGAAUAACCAAGGAAUAUCUUGCACUAAUGGAGACUCCCUUAAUGAAGUCUUCUCAAGGUGAUGCAAUAGAGUCAUUUCUGGUGAAGCAUUCUUUGUUAUGGAAUCAGCUCGGAAGGUUUAGUUUUUUACCCAAGAGUGUGAAGUCUGAUACGUUAACAAAGAGAAGUUCAAGGUCAUCACCCACACCCACGACUAAGGAUUUCGGCUCAGCCACUCUGAACAUGUGCAACAAGAAUCAGAGUCCCAGUCAGCAAGCGUAUUUGCAGAGCCGCUACCCUCACAAUAUGCUGUUCUGUGUUGUGCUGCCACACACGGCAGCUGAGGCCAUGGAACUCACAGUUGGUAGAGGGAAUAUUGUUGCUGUGAUCAAGAAACACAAUCCAUUGGGUGACACAAGAAUGUGGUUUGUUGAUGAUGGAACAACAAAAGGUUUUGUGCCUAACAGCUCCUUAGAGCCUCUGUAUCAAAGCGCCUCUUCUGCUAGUCCAACCGGUGUGUCAUGCCGCACUUCAGAAGACGUACCUUCACAGGCAGUGUUAAGAAACAGUAACAGAACGAAGUCAAAAGUUGGGACUCCGUCUCCUACAUCGAAGCAAACAGAACCACCACCGCCUUCUUAUGAUGAAGUCGUGUCCGUGUCGUCUGCGGAUUCUAGUCCGCAUUCAGAAAGGUCGAGAACUUCAGCUGCUUCAGAUUAUGAAUAUUACAGUACGAUAGAAAGUGGAAUGGACAGUCACGUUUAUGAAGAGAUACCAGCAUCACAUGUAUCAACACUUUAUGAAAGUGUUCCAAAUAAUGGAAAUUCUUUAGGGUUUUUCUAUGCUGCGUAUGAUUUUGAAGGUUCUGGGACGCACAUGCUAACUGUCAAAAGUGGCCAAAUUGUGUCAGUUCUACAGCAGCGAGAUAUAGAGGGUAAUCCUGAAUGGUGGUUUGUAGAAGACCGCUUUGGACGGAAAGGCUACGUGCCAGGGAAUUACCUCAGAAAAUAUGAGCAGUAAUUAUCAGGUGCCAAUUAUAUUUAUAUAUACUCUAAUGUUUAUUAUUAAGUGUUCUGUCUUACGACAGGUCCAUUGCUCUGCCCAAAAAGAGCUCUCCAGUUGUCCCUAUUCUCGGCUUCUCGCUUUAAUUCCUGGAACGUCAUCUUCUUUCCUUGUUUAAGGUCGUCGGUUAGCUGUAUCAAUCUUCUUCCUAGUCCUCUCUUUCCUUCAAUGUACAAACUUUAAAUUUUAAGUCUUGUGUUUUCAUUACAUGUACUUUAAAGGACAUUUCUUUUUUCAUAACAGUGUGAUUGCAGUAUAUUUUAUAAAUGUGUGCCUUUAAUCUGAAUAUGGUGUCAGGGAGCCAAACUUAGUAAAAAGAAAAAAAAACAAUAGAAUGCUUAAAUUCUUCAUGAUGCUAAAAUCUCACAAAGUCUUAGCUUUGUUACAUGCGUCUGUAUUACCAGAGGUGUUACUGGUAGCAGAAUACAGUCGUGGCAAAUGUAUGUGGCCGCUUUCCAUUUGGAUGCUUUUGUUUUUCACCACACUGAACCCGGUAGUUGCAUACUGCUUCUACAGUGCAUCUGAGCUGGCCUCAAAGUUGAGCUUCUCUCUCAUUGGAUGUGCAAUAUCUUUUUUGCCCUAGAGAAUGCAAAAUGGCAAAUCCAAUGGGAUCAGAUUUUGUGCUUGUAUAUAGUGAUGGACCUCUAUGAAAUCACUGAAAUUAAUUGUCCUUGUACGAUUUGAGGUUUUCACAGCGGUGAGUACGAAGAUGAUUGUCUUCUGGGUUUGCACUCUAUGUAGUCUUAUAGAAAAAUUGGCUGAUAUUUCAAAGCUACUUGCAGCCUCUGAAACGUCGGUAAACUUCUACCAGACUACACGGCAUAGCAACACGGAAGAGAGCCAUCUUCAAAGCAUAUUUCCUGAAUAAAUUAAAUAUUAAUUAAAUUAAUUCUGUAAAUAACAAAUCAGAAUUCUUUUAUAUGUGUGUCAUCAGCAUUCUAAUCUUCACUUUAAGAGUGAGAUGCAUUUUACUGUAAAAUUGUUCUUUAGUUAUGGUUUAAUGAAUUUGAAUUUAUCCUGGUGCUCUUUAUGUAUUAUAGUGAAAGUGAAAUGUGAUUUAUAAUUUCUGCCAUUAAUUUUUGUAUCAAAAAUAACUAAAAAUGAAAUGAAUUUUAAUUGAUGUUUUAUUGUAAAUGUAACAUUGAAAGGAUGUAUAUUUUUGACAUUCUAAGCACUAAAUGUAUUAUAAGAGUAA